ACUGGAGCUGCAGGUAAAGGGAACUCUCAUCUGUCAGGCAUCAGGACUUCACAGCAAAGUUUCUUCUGUCAGCUGCAGGGUGUUUUCUGGUGAUUUCAUGGCUCUCCUUACAAAUGUCGCCAUCCUGCUGGUCUUGGCCUGCUUCUCCCAUCAGCUGAUGUUGAGCAGCUGUCAGAAGAGUCAUGGGCGCAGGGGAAGAGGGGUGGAGAGAGGACAGAACAAGGAGAGGACAGGGCUUAAGGUGAGCCGUCAACCAAAAUCUGUCUCUGCACAGCCCAUUAAAGGAAAAGUAGUCACUAAGGACAAGUCAGAGUGCACCUGGGCUGCCACAGGUGAGGAUAUCAUCACCCUUGGAGUCUCCUGCAAGAAAGGAGGAAAGAGCUUCAGCUGUGAGUACAUCUCCAAACCGUCUCUCUGUCCAGAGUACGCUUCCAACGUCAAACUUUAUUGGAAGCAAAUCACCCGGGCUCUGAAGAAGCAGAAGAAUUUGUGCAAGGACAGCUCUGCGUUGGUCAGGGCGGGGAUGUGCAGAAGAGCUGACAGAGGUGCUCAUUUUAGACUCCGUGACACUCAGACAAAGACUGAUCCGCCUCCUUCCACACAGCCUGCUCCCAGAGCUGUCAAAUCCUGUCAGUCUGAAAACAUGAAGCUGGCAGAGGAGUACUGCAACAAGUCCUGGUCGAGUUUUUGCACCCUCUUUUUCACCAUGGUGCAGGAUUAUGACUGCUGAGUCAGAAAAAAAGUGAAGAACUGAAACUCAGUUGUCUCUUUAGGCAGAAGCCAUGCGUGGACA